AUGCAAUUGGCGACUUUCCCAGCGCCUUUGAUCAUUACUGCUUCUCCUGUUGAUUGGCUUGCUAAUGACUGUUUUGACGUUCUGACGCAAGCGGUUUUCGAUGAUUUUUUUGAAAAAUGUGCCGAAUCGGAGGAUACGGAAGAACCAGCGAACUUAGUCGCUCUCUUUUGUGAGAUAUGUAAUGAUGCAAUUUCGGCGAUUCGGAAAGUUUCUCAGAGACCCGAAAGAACAGCCGCGUUGAAAUCGGUUUUGGAGCAGCUUGUUCACGAGAAGCAGGCCUACACCCUGCUGCUGAAAUUGGCCAAAAUGGAACGUACUGUUGAGGAGCUGAAGGUUGAAAUUUUUUAA